GCUGAUUCCAUCAAAAAUGGCGUCCAGCUUCUUUCCAGAGCCUAUACUAUUGAUCCUAGCAAUCCUAUGGUAUUGAACCACUUGGCAAAUCACUUUUUCUUUAAAAAGGAUUAUAGUAAAGUCCAGCACCUGGCUCUCCAUGCAUUCCAUAAUACAGAAGUAGAGGCGAUGCAAGCAGAGAGUUGCUAUCAGCUGGCUAGAUCAUUCCACGUUCAGGAGGACUAUGACCAAGCUUUUCAGUACUACUAUCAAGCCACACAGUUUGCUUCAUCCUCUUUUGUGCUACCAUUUUUUGGUUUGGGACAAAUGUAUAUUUAUCGUGGUGACAAAGAAAAUGCAUCUCAGUGCUUUGAAAAAGUUUUGAAAGCUUACCCUAAUAACUAUGAAACUAUGAAAAUUCUUGGCUCUCUCUAUGCUGCCUCAGAAGAUCAAGAAAAACGAGAUAUUGCCAAGGGCCAUUUAAAGAAAGUCACAGAACAGUAUCCUGAUGAUGUUGAAGCUUGGAUUGAACUGGCACAAAUCUUAGAACAGACUGAUAUACAGGGUGCCCUUUCAGCCUAUGGAACAGCAACACGAAUCCUUCAGGAGAAAGUACAGGCUGAUGUCCCCCCAGAGAUUCUGAAUAAUGUGGGUGCCCUCCAUUUUAGACUUGGAAACCUAGGGGAGGCAAAGAAAUAUUUUUUGGCAUCAUUGGAUCGUGCAAAGGCAGAAGCUGAGCAUGAUGAACAUUAUUAUAAUGCCAUUUCUGUUACAACAUCAUACAAUUUAGCCAGGCUGUAUGAGGCAAUGUGUGAAUUCCAUGAAGCAGAAAAACUAUAUAAAAACAUCUUACGAGAACAUCCUAAUUAUGUUGACUGCUAUUUGCGCCUAGGAGCCAUGGCCAGAGAUAAAGGAAACUUUUAUGAAGCUUCAGAUUGGUUUAAGGAAGCUCUUCAGAUUAAUCAGGAUCAUCCAGAUGCUUGGUCUUUGAUUGGUAAUCUUCAUUUGGCAAAACAAGAAUGGGGUCCAGGCCAGAAGAAAUUUGAGAGGAUAUUAAAACAACCAUCCACACAAAGUGACACUUAUUCUAUGCUAGCCCUUGGCAACGUGUGGCUCCAAACUUUGCAUCAGCCCACUCGAGACCGGGAAAAGGAAAAGCGUCAUCAAGAUCGUGCUCUGGCCAUCUACAAACAAGUACUCAGAAAUGAUGCAAAGAAUCUGUAUGCUGCUAAUGGCAUAGGAGCUGUUUUGGCCCACAAAGGAUAUUUCCGUGAAGCUCGUGAUGUUUUUGCCCAAGUAAGAGAAGCAACAGCAGAUAUCAGCGAUGUUUGGUUGAAUUUAGCACACAUCUAUGUGGAGCAAAAGCAGUAUAUAAGCGCUGUUCAGAUGUAUGAAAACUGCCUCAGAAAGUUCUAUAAGCACCAAAACACUGAAGUUGUGCUCUAUUUGGCCCGGGCCCUCUUCAAGUGUGGCAAGUUACAGGAAUGCAAACAGACCUUGCUGAAGGCUAGACAUGUGGCACCCAGUGAUACAGUUCUUAUGUUUAAUGUGGCCUUGGUCCUGCAAAGAUUAGCUACCUAUGUCCUGAAAGAUGAAAAAAGUAAUCUGAAGGAAGUACUUAAUGCUGUGAAAGAACUGGAGCUUGCGCACAGAUACUUUAGUUACUUGAGUAAAGUGGGAGAUAAAAUGAGAUUCGAUUUGGCUCUUGCUGCUACAGAAGCCAGGCAGUGCUCUGACUUACUGAGCCAGGCCCAGUACCAUGUGGCCCGAGCACGCAAACAAGAUGAAGAAGAACGGGAAUUGCGGGCCAAACAAGAACAAGAAAAGGAGCUACUAAGGCAGAAACUUCUUAAAGAACAGGAAGAGAAACGUCUCAGAGAAAAGGAAGAGCAAAAGAAACUUUUGGAACAGCGGGCCCAGUAUGUGGAGAAGACCAAAAAUAUUCUUAUGUUUACUGGUGAGACUGAAGCAACAAAAGAGAAGAAAAGAGGUGGUGGUGGUGGACGGCGUUCUAAGAAGGGAGGAGAGUUUGAUGAAUUUGUCAAUGAUGACACCGAUGAUGACCUACCUAUUUCCAAAAAGAAGAAGAGAAGGAAGGGCAGCGGUAGUGAGCAAGAAGGCGAAGAGGAGGAGGGCGGUGAGAGAAAGAAGAAAAAGAGGAGAAGACCUCCGAAGGGAGAAGAAGGAUCUGAUGAUGAUGAAACAGAAAAUGGCCCCAAACCGAAAAAGCGCCGUCCACCAAGAGCAGAGAAGAAGAAGACUCCCAAGCCAGAACGUCUGCCUCCUUCAAUGAAGGGAAAAAUAAAAUCCAAAGCCAUAAUAUCAUCAAGUGAUGAUUCUUCAGAUGAGGAUAAACUUAAAAUCGCUGAUGAAGGACAUCCCAGGAACAGCAACAGCAACAGCGACUCAGACGAGGAUGAGCGACUGAAGAAACAUGCCUCAUCAGAGAGUGAUUCCGAUGAGAACCAGAACAAGUCUGGCAGCGAGGCUGGCAGUCCCCAGAGUCCCCGAAGACAGCCGUCAGAUGAGGAUUCAGACAGUGACCAACCAUCCAGAAAGAGAAGGCCCUCAGGUUCCGAACAGUCUGACAAUGAAUCGGUGCAGUCAGGGAGAAGCCACUCAGGAGGUUCUGAGAAUGACUCCCGUCCAGCUUCUCCAAGUGUCGAAUCAGAACACGAAUCAGAGAGAGGAUCUGAUAAUGAGGGUUCUGCCCAAGGCUCUGGAAAUGAAUCAGAACCAGAAGGAUCCAACAAUGAGGCCUCAGAUCGAGGCUCAGAACGUGGGUCAGAUGAUAGCGACUAGGUUUUAUUUUAUAAAUAAGCUUCAUCUCUGGAAGAAACUUUUAAUACAUGAAAGCUGUGAUAAAAACGUUUCAGAUGUUUAGUCAAACAAUUGUGAAAUUUUUCUUAAGGCAAUAUUUUUUCCCUAUCUGUUUGUAUAUUACUAAGCCCCAGGAGACAUUUCCUGUGCUGGAGUCCAGUAUUUGAAUCUCUUGUGCAAAUGAGACUAUUUUCCAUGGUGGUACAAUUCCACCUAUCAUAUGUGAAAACUACAGUAAAAAUAACCCAGAUGCUAAAUCAUUCCUACAAAGGUUUGACUGAAACUGUGGCAGAUGUCUCAUUUUCUUUGUAGUAAGCAGCAUACUGUUUUGAUUUCUAUUGCAAUCUUCUACCAAGUGGUGCAGAAACUUGGUGUUAAUGUCUUUGUUCCUUUUGAGUUUAGAUUGAGAAUAUUUUUAUUUUCUGGAGGAAGAAGUAUCUACUGUACAGUUUCACCAAAGUACAUAUGAAAGGAAGGUUUUCUUCAAUAGUGUAACAAGUACUGCAACCAUGUAGAUAAAAUCACAAAUAUAUUAUUCGUUAGGUUGAGUAAGGUGUGGAAAAAUGCUUUUCUGUUAGUAGAAUGCAAAGACCUACCUAAACCACAUAAUAAAAUUCUUUUACCAACUUUUA